ACGGCCUAUCAGCUGUUACGCUCAGCUGUUUCAGUUGUGUCAAAGGCAGUCAAUGUAACAGUGCGCGUCCUGAGUCCUCUUGUAUUUUCUCGUGUCAGCUGUCUGUCUUAGUCGCGGAGGUCAUGUCUUGCUACAAGAUUUAAGAUGCUGGUGAUAUCCCUCUAUUGGAUGAUGCAGAGAUGACACAUAGGAAAUUGGAUGUGAGAUCUUCAUUGGCAGGAAUGGCAUACGACCGGCUAGGGGAGGACACAGGUGCCGAGGGCGUUAAACUUCCAUACCACCAGCAGGUUCUCAAGCUGGGGAGUGAUGAGGAACUAACGCUCUUUGGUUACUGUCGUUCUUCCUGCAAGACUUUUGCCUUCUACCUCGUCACACUUAUAACCUUAGGUAUUCCCUUCCUCAUUGUCUAUUGGAAGCCAGAAUGGGGUGUCUACAUGAAGAGGCGGAGGUGCUCACUUAUGGAGGCUGAUAUGCUAAUCAUUAAGGACAUGGAUGGACAAAUUUAUGUUUCAUCAGUUGAUUCAGAAAUGGUGGAGGCUGGCUUCCCCUCCAAAUAUGUCAUUUCCUCACACCUCACAAAUGGGGCUUCCAAUGGAGUUCACAAUGGAGCUUCAGAUUCCACACAUCUCACACAGCCAAGACACAGAAUUAUAAGAUAUUUUAUCUUUCAACAUAUCAAGUACAUGUGGAUCCCAGGCAAACUCUCCUUUGAGAGACUCUAUGGCUGUGAUAGUAACACAACGAUAAGCUCACUACUUAAUGACUUCAGGGGAUAUACUGUUGAGGAACAAAUGCUAAGGCAGCAACUAUAUGGUCGUAAUGCCAUCAGUGUCGAGGUCAAAUCAUACUUCUACCUCCUGGUAACAGAAGUCCUGAAUCCUUUCUACAUCUUCCAAAUUGCCUCCAUCGUCCUGUGGUCCUUUGACAAUUACGUCCUCUAUGCCACUUGUAUUUUCCUUGUUUCAUGCCUUUCUGUUGCUGUUUCGCUUUAUGAGACUCGCAAGCAAAGUCAGUCACUUCAUGAUAUGGUUGAGGCAUCAAAUGCUAAUACUGCGACAGUGCUUAGAUCCACGAUAGAGAAAACCACUGUUGAAGUAGAGAUCAACACAACAGACUUGGUUCCUGGUGAUGUGUUGGUCAUUCCUGGAACAGGCUGUCUCAUGGCUUGUGAUGCUGUGCUCAUCUCUGGUAAUGCAAUUGUCAAUGAGAGCAUGCUGACAGGUGAGAGUGUCCCAGUGACCAAGACACCUGUGACAACAUCUGAAGGGAACGAGACCUACUCAGCGGAGAAGCACAAACGACACACCUUGUUCUGUGGGACAGCUGUCAUCCAAACCAGAUACUAUGGCAAUGCACAGGUUUUAGCUGUGGUUGUGCGGACAGGAUUCAGCACAGCAAAAGGGGAGUUGGUGCGUUCCAUACUCUACCCACGGCCUCUGGAUUUCAAGUUCUACAAGGACUCCAUGAAGUUCAUUCUCUUUAUGUUUGGAAUUGCUUCUCUUGGCAUGUCUUAUUCAAUCUAUAUUUACAUUAUGCACAAGGAAACCAUUUUGAAGACUGUGGUUCGUACUUUGGACAUUGUGACCAUUGUUGUACCCCCGGCUCUCCCUGCGGCUAUGACAGUUGGAACAUACUAUGCUCAGAGUAGAUUGAAGAAAAGAGGGAUAUUUUGCAUAUCGCCUCCAAGGAUUAAUGUCUCAGGGAAACUCAAACUGGUCUGCUUUGAAAAGACGGGAACCUUAACUGAGGAUGGGCUUGAGGUCUGGGGUGUGGUUGAAGCGAAAGGGGAACAUUUGAGCACCCCGGUUAUGGAUGUGUCUGCGCUUGAUCACACCUCGCAGCUGGUGGCGUGCCUUGCAACAUGCCACUCCCUCACCUAUGUCCACGGGGAGCUCACUGGUGACCCCCUGGAUGUGAAGAUGUUUGAGGCGACGAAAUGGGAGCUGGAGGAACCUGAGGAAGAUGACACCCAGCGAUUCGAUAACCUCAUUCCCACUCUUGUUCGACCCCCCAAGUGUCCAGGUUGCACCAACACUCCACUCACUGAAUCUGAAGUCACUGCUUCUGCGUGUUGUGAGACCACCUGCACCUCUGUCGUUCCGCACACUGCUGUUAGCGAUGGGUGUGGCACUAAUUUUGUACCUCAAGGUGUCAGCUUGAUAGAACAGACAUUGGAGGAGGCAGCACCUGGCAGUGCCAACUUCGACCAGGUCACACCAACCGUGGUGAAGCCAAGUAAACGUGAAGUGUAUGUUGAUCCCCCAGACAUCACCAAUGUGGCUGAAACGCCAUUCCAGGUGCCUUAUGAACUUGGCAUUGUCCGCCAGUUCCCCUUCAGCAGCAACACACAAAGGAUGUCCGUACUAGUGAGAGUCCUUGGCCGUCCCUACAUGGAUCUGUAUGCCAAAGGAGCUCCUGAAGUUAUUCAGAGUCUCUGCCAUCCUGAGUCAUUACCUGAAGAUCUGGGCCCCAUCUUGACUCAGUACACAAUACAAGGAUUCCGUGUCAUAGCGCUGGCCCAUCGCACCCUAGAGACAAAGUUAUCCUGGCAUGCGGCGCAACGGAUACCAAGGGACCAAGUUGAGUGUGAUCUGAAUUUUGUAGGCUUGCUUAUCCUACAAAACAUGCUGAAGCCUGAAACUGCUCCAGUUAUUCGUCAACUGAAGGCUGCAAAUAUUCGCACAGUGAUGGUCACAGGAGACAACAUUUUGACGGGGAUCAGUGUAGCACGCGAUUGUGGCAUGGUGGGAGAAGCGGACCACGUCUUGUUGGCCAAAGUCACUGCCCCCAGUCCGGAGCACCCUGCCUCUCUCACCUUUGAACCUGCUGACACACCAGAUAUUCUGGUGCAAUACUCGGAUGACGUGGACAAUAAGUACACUUGCAUGAAUGUGGGAGAUGGUGCCCCCAAGUACCACUUAGCUGUGACAGGAAAAGCCUGGGCAUUGUUGUGCCAGUAUUUCCCUGACCUUGUUCCUAGAAUUGUUGCAAAGGGGACAGUGUUUGCAAGGAUGUCACCUGAUCAGAAAGCUCAGCUUGUGGAGGAGUUGCAAGCAAUCGACUACAUUGUGGGCAUGUGUGGAGAUGGUGCUAAUGAUUGUGGGGCUCUAAAAACAGCACACGUAGGAAUCUCACUCUCAGAAGCUGAAGCAAGUGUGGCUGCUCCCUUUACCUCCCACACAGACAACAUCCAGUGUGUGCCUCAAGUAAUAUGUGAAGGGAGAUGUGCCCUUACGACUAAUUUCUCUGUCUUCAAAUACAUGGCACUCUAUAGCAUCAUCCAGUUUGUUUCGGUUCUUAUUCUGUAUACUGCAUACAGCAAUCUGACUGAUCCUCAGUUUCUCUACAUAGAUCUCUUCAUUGUAACUGUUAUUGCUGUGUUUAUGGGAUAUACAGGAGCCCGGCAUGAGCUAGUGGCACACAAACCCCUUGGAAAUCUGCUUGGAGCUGUGAACAUGUUCUCAGUUUUGUCGCAGAUAGCACUGGUUAUCCUUACACAGGUCAUUGCAUAUCUUUACCUUCUGCAGCAACCCUGGUUUGAGCCAAACAAGCCAACGCCAGGAGAUGAAGAGGACAACACUGUGAGCUGGGAGACGGGAACCAUUUUUUAUGUGUCGGCCUUCCAGUACCUGACCCUUUGUAUUACUUACUCGCCUGGCCACCCUUUUAGGCAACCCAUUUAUACCAACUUCUGGCUCACGGUGUCUCUGGUCUCAUUGACGGUCAUUACCCUGAUGAUGCUCCUCUGCCCUUGGUCUUGGCUGAUGCAACUCAUGAGGAUUAAAUACGAUCCUGAGAACAACCUUAUGAUGUUCCGUGUGGCGCUGCUGCUCGUGAUUGCACUGCACUUUGUGGUUUCUCUGUCAACUGAGCAUUUCAUUGCAAGAAGCCGCUUCCUGAAGAAGUGUUUCCAGUGGAUAACCUGUAAGCGAGAACCCAAAAACAAAUACAAGAUUGUCCUUCGUGAUAUGAAUGAAGACUUAAGCUGGCCUCCUAUUGGGACACCAAUAUAUACUACACUUCAUACAUAAUACUGUGUAGAAGAUAUGAUAUAUAUUUGUAUAUUUUAUGUUUUAGAAAUUGAUUGGUUGGAAUUUUUUACACACACAAAAAAAUCAGG